AUGUCUUCCGAAACCAACCCUCUGACCGAGUCCUCGAUGACCAUCCCCUCCGACUCCGAGCAAUAUUCUGGCAACGAUGAUCUCUCUCCGUCUCCAGCCUCCUCGUCCGACUCGCCUCCUCUGAUCCUGUAUUCACCCCCCACGAUGUGGGGUCUGGUUAGAGGAGCUGCGAUCAAUCUGCUGCUCCCCUUCAUCAACGGACUCAUGUUGGGGUUUGGAGAGCUGUUUGCACACGAAGCUGCGUUCAGACUGGGAUGGGGAGGCACCAAGGUCUUUCCGGGUGGACGAGCGCGACACUCUAUAGGACCUGGAAUUGAGAUUCGGGAUGACCCAGUCGAGAGGAAACGGAGGGGCAAUGAUUUGAAUGAUUUGACAAGUAUGGAAUGA